UUGAAGCCUCAUAACAGUAGACAAGUGGCACAAGUGGCCUCUACUUGGCUAGACUUUAUAUGUAAGUAUAAUACAUGGAUCAUAUCCCUACAUUGGCUGCCAAAUGAUGCCAGUUGGUUUGAUUUGAAGCCUCAUAACAGUAGACAAGUGGCACAAGUGGCCUCUACUUGGCUAGACUUUAUAUCUGAGGAGAGUGUGUGUGAUUGUAUCCACCUGUUGAGCCUGCUGCCAAAGGAAUGCACACCAAAAUGGAGAGUACACGUCUUCAAAAUGACCCUGACUGAUACUAGGGCAAAUGUUCGCAUGGCGGGAAUCAAGGCUUUCCCAUUGAUCUUACAUCUUCUAGGACCCAAUGCUAAUCAUCUGGUCUACGAUUUACUCCACAACCUAAUGACAGAUAAGUCACCAGUUGUCUUAUCAGCUCUAGCCACUAUUGCGGGCCCCUUAGCAUGUGUUGUAUCAAGGAAGGCUGUACUCCAGAGACCCCUUAGCUGCAAAGAUGGAAAGAUUUAUUGCAACAUUUCACUGAUAUGUUUGUGUUGUGAGGAAAAUUCAGAUGGGUCCAAUGUGUCCAGUCCUCGAGCAAGACCUAAACUAGUAGACCCAGCAAUGUUUUUGCCAUUUCUACAACUACUCACUGCUACCAGAGACAUAAAAUUAGGCCUCACGCAAAGUCUGUCUAAGAUGUUUGGUCACAUAGAGGUUCGCUCAAACAACCAAGCCACAGUGAACAUGUUAAAUAGUUGCCUAAAUCUCAUAGAAGACCCUGACUACCAGACUAGAGUUGAGUUCAGUAAAGUUGUUCAGUUUUUGCUGGGAGACUCAAGCAGUGAAUCAGCUAGUGAAACUGACCAGUUAAUAGUCACUAAAUUAGCUGGCAUCAUGCAGAGUCAUGAUCAUGUGCAUCCACACCUACUUGAGACUGUUAUACUAACCUUAGGACAAUUAGGGAGAGUCGCAGAGGGUAAAUUACAGCUUGUGGUGUUGAUUAGUCUACUAAAGAGUAUGAUAUCAACACAGCCUUUCAUAGCAGCUGUUGCUCAUGAACAGCUGAGAGACCUGGCCAACCACAAACACGUCACACUUCAAGAUCUGUUUAAAAGGCAUAGGAAGAGCAUAUGCCAGUUUAUAGUUGAUAGCGUAUAUGACUCUGAGCCCAGCUCUGGCUCUGGAAAGGAGCCACUAGGUAUAUUACAUGAAGUUGCGAUACUGUUCAAUUAUGAUGAUGUGAAGACAUUUCUUCAGAGUACGGAGAUCUACAUGUUGCCCCCUCUGGUGAGCAAAGCCACCGCCAAGGCCAGUGCACUCAUAAAACUAAUCGCAUCACAGCUUGACAAGACUAAAAGACAAUGCCUGACGAGAAACACAGCUUACAUAUUUUCAUAUUUGCUGUGCUUCUGCCAAGGGAGGCCAGGACAGUAUGACAAGGCGCUCCAUUUUCUGAGACAAGAGACUGGAUUGGAGCUAGGGAGUCUGCUGAGAUUAGAUAUGCAGAAUGUUGAGAAUGAGUUAUUGUUGCAUCUCAGUGAUAACUACACACAGAUGUUUAAAGGGCUGUCCAUGGUGGCAUCGUAUGAUGAGCUGGAGUAUAAAGGACCUAAAGAUAUCAAAACCAAGGACCAAAUGGCAGCAUUUCUUCAACCACGACUUCUGGGAUUUCUGGCAUAUUUUGAUUCAAAAUUCCUUAACAAAACAAUUCCAUGGGAAGAAAAACUGAUGGCCCUGGAGAGUUUGAUAUCAUUAAUGAAAAUGAUGGGUGCUCACUACAUCACCCCUGUUAGAGUUAAGCUCAUGGCAACAUUAAAGAUAGUACUCAGAUUCAAAGAGAAGGCAUUCCCAAGUGUUUGCUGUAGAGCCUGGGAGUGCUUUGUAAAGAGUUUGGAUAUGGCAUCUCUUGGCCCCAUGCUAUCUCAGAUAAUAGUCAUCCUCUUACCUCUAUUCAACCAACUGCCGAACCAAGUGGCGGAGAUAUUCAGGUUCCUCAUUGUGAAGAAUCGUGUCCAGUUAGAGCCUCAUUUUCAUGAGCUGUACUUCAUGCCGGAGAGUCGAGAGUUAGCAGACAUUAAUGAGGUGUUGGCGAAAUUUACAGCAGGACACUCAAAACGAGCUAGUCUACAGAUUCAGAUAUCCCACUUACUGAAUGGUGUCAGUCAUGAGAGCUUGGAUGUGCGUUUAAGAGCGCUCAAAAAAUUACGCCAGCUCCUGCACACUCACCAGGUGGAGCUGCAUUACAUGGUGAUGGGGAAAGAGACAUCAGAUCCUGUAAUAUCGCAACUUGUGUCAGCUUUGCUAUCUGGAUGCAGGGAGUCUGAUCCUACUGCUAGAAAUCUUGUGGGGGAAUGUCUUGGUGAACUAGGGGCAGUUGAUCCAGGAAGAUUGGAUUUAAAUGUCAAUGAUGAUAACAAAGAUAUGGCCAAAUUCCAUGCAGAUGUCAAUGAUGACAACUAUGGGUAUGAUCUCAUCAAUGAACUUGUCAGAGCCUUCCUUGCUGCAGAAAACACAGAGACACAGGAUUGUUCCGCCUACGCUCUCCAAGAAAUUGCCAGUGUGUAUGGUAUUUCUAACACAGCUGGAAACCACACAGCUGGCAAGAAGCUUUGGUUGAGGUUCCCUGGCCAUAUACAGGAGAUUCUGGUUCCUCUGUUACAUUCAAAGUAUAAGGUGACAAGCAGUGAGAACUGGUCUCAGGUACCCAAGGUCAUCUAUGGCAGCCAUAAAGGCAAAUAUUUUGAGAAAUGGAUCUCAACAUGGACUGGAUACCUCAUAACAAUGGUUAAAGAUACAAAAGCUUCAAUGAUCUUCAAGUCAUGUUCAGUUGUCGUAAAACACGAUCAUAACACUGCGUUGUAUCUGCUUCCAAAUAUAAUAGUGCAGGCAUUAAUAGAUGGCACAGCUAAUCAGACUCAACAGAUAUCCAAUGAAGUCUUAGCUGUAUUGAACGAUGUCAAACAACCAGACACGCAACAAGGAAUGGCGUCUGAUUUCCGUCAUCUUGCUGCACAGACUAUUUUUUCCAUAUUAGGAAUGGUUGUUAAAUGGCAGCGUCACCGCAUACAGUACCUGAGUGCCAUUGCUGCUCAGCACAAAAACAGAUCAGGGAAUAAUCAUGAGAAUGACGGCAAAUAUAAAGCAGUGAAACAAUUCAUCGAUAAGAUACCAUUGGAUAUUCUUGCCUCCGCCUCGUUCAACUGCCAGGCAUAUACGCGAUCUUUGAUGUACUUCGAACAAUUUAUCAAUAUGAAGAAGGAAAAUAUACACCAACAUUUGGAUUUCUUUCAGAAAUUGUAUAUAGCUAUGGAUGAGCCAGAUGGUGUUGCAAGUGUGAUUGCAAUAAGAGAGGAUCAACCAACCCUAACUGAACAGAUACUAGCUCAUGAAAGUAUUGGUCAACUAAGAGAUGCCUCUGCUUGCUAUGAGAGAGCCAUACAACAAGACAAUAACUGUAUAUCACAUUAUGAAGGUCUCAUAAAAUGUCAGAUGGAACUUGGCCAAUUUGAGACAGCGGCAUGCCAGGUAGAUGGAAUUCUCACAAAAAAACCAGAAUGGCAUGGGACAAUGAACUCAUACCGAGUCGAGGCAGCCUGGAAAUUAGGUCAAUGGGACAACUUAAGAACACACCUGGAUCAAGAAAGAGGGAAGAGAACUUGGGCUGUUGGCAUUGGCAACACACUUAUGUUAGCAAAGGAUAGGGAUGAAGAGGGCUUUCUUCAGCAGUUGCAGAUUGUUCGCAGUGAGCUUAUGGGGCCCUUAUCGGCUGCUAGUAUGGAGAAGGGUUCCUAUCAGAGAGGAUAUGAAUAUAUUGUGAGGCUUCACAUGCUUAAUGAGUUAGAGCAGGGGGUGCGUGAGCUGCUACAUUUCCCCACUAGAGGGCCACAGGAACGCAGCGGACUCGCUAAGCUAAUUGAACUCUGGGAUUCUAGGCUUUCUUUGACACAGGCCUCAUUCAGAAUGAAAGAACCAAUAUUAAACCUCAGGAGAACGUUAUUUAGUCUGGCAGAGGGCAACACUGAUGUCGAUCUUCAUACAGAGAUCGGCAAAAGCUGGCUGAGGAGCGCGAAAGUUGCUAGAAAGGUGGGCCACCUUCAGACAGCCUUCAGUUUCCUGUUGAAUGGAUCAUCCUACCAUCUUCCAGAGCUGUUUGUUGAAAGAGCUAAAUGGUUCUGGGCUAAGAAUGAUCAUGACCUUGCCCAGACAUGCAUAGAGAAAGGCCUACAGGAGUUCUACCCUGACUGUACAUUCAAGGACAAUGCUCUGAGGAGAGACACAACCGAAAAGGGACUUCUCAGAAGGAUUGAAUGCGCAAAGGCCUUGCUCCUGUGGGGAAUGUACAGUGAGGAGACCUCAAGCAUUGAAAGCAAUGAAAUCGUGAAACGAUACAGAGACGUCAUAGAUAUGAAUCCAACUUGGGAAGAUGGACACUUUUACCUUGCCAAAUAUUACGAUAAAAUCAUGGUUCAUUUGACUAACAGUGAUCGACCAGAUAGACAAAGAUCAAUCUUGGAGCCGAUCAUAGAGAAUUAUGGGAAGGCUCUAAGAAACGGAAGCCAGUACAUCUACCAGACCAUGCCACGCAUGCUUACAAUCUGGCUCGAGUAUGGCUCUAAGAUGGUAGAGAGUGAAUCAAAACAAAACAAAAAUGAAACUGCCAUUGGACAACAGAGGUUUACACUACAGACCAUGAAUGAGUCUAUUGCAAAGUUAGGGAAUGAGCUCCCACCUUACACUUUCCUGACGGCUUUUCCUCAGCUUAUAUCUCGAAUAUGUCACCCUCAUAAUAUGGUCUUCCAAGUGCUGAGCGAACUAAUAAGCAAUAUGAUGCACAACUACCCUCAACAGGCUAUGUGGCUAAUGAUGGCUGUCUCUAAGUCCUCGUACAAGAUUAGACAGUCCAGAUGCCACACAAUAAUUGCAAAAGCAAGGCAAAAGGACAAAUCACUGAACAAGUUCAUACACGAUGCAAUAAAACUUGCUGAUAGGCUACUGGAUUUAUGUAACAGGCACGUCGAGUCAGGACAGAAUGUGUUUAGCAUAAGCCAGCAUUUCAAGCCACUUCAACGUCUCAUGGAUGAUGUUGAUUUCAGCAAGAUUAUCAUCCCACUCCAGACAAUGAUGAAUGUAACACUACCAACUACAUCUGGACCACAUAGUGAGCAUGACCCAUUCCCAAUAGAACAGACAAUGAUGAAUGUAACACUACCAACUACAUCCGGACCACAUAGUGAGCAUGACCCAUUCCCAAUGGAACAGGUCUACAUUGAUGGCUUUGACGACACUGUAGAAGUGUUGCCAUCACUACAGAAACCUAAGAAGAUAACAAUGAAAGGAAGCGAUGGGAAGCGGUACGUCAUGAUGUGCAAGCCAAAGGAUGACCUUCGUAAAGAUUGCCGCUUGAUGGAGUUCAACAGUAUCGUCAAUAAAUGUCUGAGAAAGGACCCAGAGAGCCGAAAACGACAACUCCAUAUUAGGACAUAUAUGGUUGUUCCGCUUAAUGAGGAAUGUGGUCUGAUUGAGUGGGUUGACAACUGCCACGGCCUGCGCAACAUACUCAUUAAGAUAUACAAGGACAAGAAAAUAUAUAUGACUGGCAGUGAGUUGAAACAAUGUAGGCUGCAAAUUACAGCCACGCUCGAGGAAAAAAUGCGGGUAUAUAAAACCAAGCUACUACCUCGUCAUCCUCCUGUAUUUAAGGAGUGGUUCCUGAAAACCUUCCCAGAUCCAACAUCAUGGUAUAUGGCACGUCAGUCUUAUGCCAGAACAACUGCGGUCAUGAGCAUGGUUGGCUACAUCCUGGGACUUGGUGAUCGUCAUGGUGAGAACAUUCUGUUUGAUUCAACAAACGGCGAUGUUGUACAUGUCGACUUCAACUGCCUGUUUAACAAAGGCGACACCUUUGACUGGCCAGAAUUGGUACCGUUUAGACUGACACGCAACAUGGUUGAUGCAAUGGGACCAAUGGGAUAUGAGGGCUUGUUUAGGAGGGCUUGCGAGGUGACCAUGCGUGUAAUGCGAGACCAAAUGGAUCCUUUAAUGAGUGUGUUGAAAACCUUUAUAUUUGACCCUCUUGUCGAGUGGGCAGGUAAACCCACAAAGGGACGUUCAAAUUCUUCAGAAACUGGAGAAAUCAAGAAUGAUCAGGCUCAGAUGAAUGUUCAAAACAUUGAAUGUCGUAUGAAAGGGGAGCUCAAAGCAAAUAAGCACAAAAGGAGUAGAGGCCUUCCCUUAUCAAUUGAAGGCCAUGUAAACCAUCUUAUAAAGGAGUCUACCAAGGAUGAAAACCUGUGUGCCAUGUACAUUGGUUGGGCUGCAUAUAUGUGAACCAAAAUUUUCGACUUGUAGAUUGGUACUAAGUGACAUUUUGUAAAUAAGAG